GACUACAUCGACCACGAGCUCUCGGUGAAGUUGGACUCCACGGACGCGUUCGAGGGCCCCGAGAAGUUGCUGGAGCUGUGGUUCUCGCCCACAGACUGCGAGCUGCCGGCGGGCUGGCCCGCAGACGGGUUGCGUGCCAUCCCGUUGCACGAGAUCGAGCUGCUGCUCGGCAUCGUCCACUGCGAGAUCCUGUCCAAGGUGUCGUCGCAGCAGCUGGACGCGUACUUGCUCUCGGAGUCGUCGCUGUUUGUCUACCGCAACAAGCUCAUCCUCAAGACGUGCGGCACCACGACGACGUUGCUCUGCUUCGAGAAGCUGCGGGAGCUUGUGCACCGCUACUGCCUCGACCCGGCCUUUGAGUUCCGCAACAUCUACCGCGUCUUCUACUCGCACCGCUCCUUCAUGUUCCCGGACCGCCAGCAGGCAGUGCACCGCAGCUGGGACGCCGAGCUGGCGUGCUUGAACACCCACUUCGACAGCGCCACCAGCAACGCCUACGUGCUCGGCAGCCCCCCGGGCCCGGCCGCCAGCAGCCGGUCCGCCCCGGACGAGACGUGGCACCUGUACACGAACGGCACCAACCAGUUCGCCGGCUGCAGCGCCGGCCGCAGCUCCGCAGCAGACAUCACCGUCGAGCUGCUGAUGACGGAGCUCGACCCGGCCAGCGCCGCCCAGUUCGAGCUGCCCAGCGCCGCAGCCCAGCACGCCGCCAUCUCCAACCCGGACACCCAGGACGUCGGCCACGUCGUCGGCGCCCAGCUGCUGCGCCGCUCCGGCCUCGACCGCAUUGUCCCGGAAGACCCUGCCUGCGACUCCGACACCAAGCACGACGCCUUUGCCUUCACCCCCUGCGGCUUCUCCUCCAACACCAUUCUCCGCGGCGACCGCUACUACACCAUCCACGUCACCCCGGAAAACGGCUGGUCCUAUGCGUCCUUCGAGACAAACUUC